AUGACGAACCCAUCCAAGAAGGCCUUGGAUCAUCUUGCAGUACCGCAAGCUUUGAAUCAUUUUCUACACGCCGCCAUGGUAUUGGAAGUCAAGCCCAAGACCGAUAUGUUCAAGGUCCAGAAUAUCGAGGGGGUGCCGGAGCAUGUGUUCUUCACGGACUUCCUGGGGAGUCGUGACGAGAAGGUUCACAACCCCAUCACGGGGUCUUGGUUCCGCAUCGAAAGAGGGCCUCCAUCUACGCCGCCCAAGUACGAAUACGAUGAGGUGGGUGUUGUUUUUGAAGGGACGAUCACCUUGGAGGAUGAAGCCGGUGCGAAAGCGACCCUUGCGGCUGGCCAAACAUUUGUAAUUCACCGGGGGAGCACGAUCGCUUUCUCGUCGAGCGAUUACGGAAUUGCUUUCAAGUGCGGGUCCAGACUGAUGGCUAGAACGUAG